AUGGAUAAAAAUGAUACGGAACAAGUAACAUCAUCAACAAUUGCUGAAUCUCCCUCAACUAAUGUUGAAAGUAAUCAACAACGAAAUGAUUCAAUGGGCGAUUGUGGAUUUUUUUAUGCUGGAAGUUUGUCAGCUGAAGUAGUACGUCGUGUAAAUGCACUUCGAAAUCUUCAAGUUGAACAUCAUAAAAUUGAAGCCAAUUUUUUUGAAGAAGUUCAUGCACUUGAAUGUCGCUAUUUAAGCAAAUAUCAACAACUUUUCGAUAAACGUUUGAAUAUUGUUAAAGGUACUUAUGAACCAACAGAAGCUGAAGUUAAAUGUGCAUUUGAUGGAGAUGAAAAUAAAGAACAAACACCAAAACCAGCUGACGAAACAAAAAAAGAUGAAGAAAAAAAAGUCGGCAUUCCAGAAUUCUGGUUACAUGUAUUAAAAAAUUCCGAUGUAAUUUCAGAAUUAAUCAAAGAACCAGAUGAACAAGUUCUUAAACAUCUUAUUGAUAUACGUAUAAUAAUGAAAAAUGACUCUCAAAAUAAAGUUUUCACUAUUGAAUUUGAAUUUACACCAAAUGAAUAUUUUACAAAUACAAUAUUAACAAAAACAUAUGAACUUCGUACAGGACUUGAUGAACAAGAACCAUUAUCAUAUGAAGGACCAGAAAUAACUAAAUCUAAGGGUUGUGAAAUUCAAUGGAAUAUAGGAAAAAAUGUUACAAUUAAAACUGUUAAAAAAAAACAAAAACAUAAAAAUCGUGGAACAAUUCGUGUUGUUACAAAAGAAGUAGAAGCAGAUUCAUUUUUUAAUUUUUUUUCACCACCCGAUGUGCCAGAAGAUCUUGACGCUGAUUUUGAAGAUAGUGAUGAAAUGAGAAUGUUAGCAGCUGAUUUUGAAAUAGGUCAUUUAUUUAGAGAUUCAAUUGUACCAAAAGCCGUACUUUAUUUUACUGGUGAAGUUGGUGAAGAAGAUGAUGAACAUUAUGAUGAAGAUGAAGAUGAAGAUGAUGAUGACGAUGAUGAUGAUGAUGAUGAUGACGAUGAUGAUCAAGAUGAACAUAAACGAAAUACUCACGGUAGUCAUCAUCAUGCUAGUGGUGGUAAACAUGGUUCUGGUGGUAAAACUCGAGGAAGAAAACAACCUGGUGCCGGUAAUAGUGGUCAACAACCCGAAUGUAAACAACAGUAG